AUGCAACGAUUUCUGCGUGGAUUUGCUACCAAAGCAAACCGAUACACACCUGAGGCACAAGUGAUCCUUCAGGACACUAUGGUACCCGGUGCUUAUCUCAAAUAUCUUAAAAAUCGCUCCAACAAAGACAAGACAAAAAGAGGAUCCGAUGAGGUUCCAAUGUAUACCGAACCAGCUCGAUCAAUGACCUUUGGACAGAAAUCAGAUGGACCAACACAAGCUCAAAUGCGACUAGCUGAUCGUGUACGAAAGGCAAUGACCAAAGUUCAAGCGGUUGAAGACUUGCCUACAAACUGGUUAUCACAAUUACGAGUGGCAGAUGUCAAGGUGGCAAGGAAUCUAAAGAGAUGUCAAAUAGAAUAUGAACCCAUAGCAAACGAGCAGGGUAAAGUACAUAAUGCAGUUAGAAAGCAUUCACGACUACUGAAUACGCUCAUCAAUCAACAUGCACAAACUGAACAUACAAUCCAUAUCAAGUUUAUUUCACAUGAGCAUAAGGAUAUUGAUGAGGUAUACAAUACAAUCGAGAAGGAGCUAGAUUCAUUGUAA